CUGCUUUCAGUUUCAUUUGAGACGUUGACGCGAUCGCCAGCAAAAAAAUACCAGGCAGCUGCCAAACUUCAAGUCGCGCAUGAGAAAUAUAUAUUUUGAAACGGGUUAAUCCAAUACACAGCCGAAAAUCGAACGCUCUUAAUUUUAUAAAUUUUUUUCUUUCGCUCGUUUUGCCAUAAAUGUCGAGCGAAAAUUUCUGCUGCAAGUGAAUUUCUGUGUGUGCUUUUGUUGUUGUUGUCGUGAUUUGCAUAAUCUGCAAGUUAAUAAACAAUGCAAAGAAGUGGGCAAAAAUCAUAAAUAAAGUGCACCGCUUAAAGUGUAAUUAAAAUUCAUUAAGAUUUUUUUCGUGCACAGAGCAAGGAAAAAACGAGUUUGUUGCCUAAGUUAUUUGUUUUGAAUUUCAAAAAUUCGCCAAAACAUUUAAUAAUAAGAAUUAAACAAAAAAAAAGCUGGAAAGCUGACUUGAGUCCAGGCCACGUCGACAAGAAGUUCCAUAAAAGACUUUGAUGGUGACAAGUGAGGAUUGCUAGAGGCAAAUAUCACUCGAAAUGAUUUUAAGAACGCAGCUUUGGCUGGGAAUUCUCCUGGUGGCGCUGCUCCUAAGUGCUCGCGUUUCUAGCGAAGAUGAGGAUUAUGGUGGUGAAAUGGUGGGUUCCAGCCUGGGCGGCAACGAUGAGAUCUACGACCCGGCACAACUGGACGCCGAGGUGGAAAAGGAGAUGGAACAGCAUCGGAAUAGUCUGGAGGAGGAUCGGGGAACCGAAAGCUCCCAGACCAUGGAGCUGGAAAUGAGUACCAUGCGGCCAAUGGAAUCCAGUAGGAUGAACACAAUGGCUCCAUAUUCCGAGGAGAAUACGGCGGCCGAAAUGAUGGAGGAUGCUCCAACGCAGAAACGGACGUCCAAGGUGGACAAACCAGCUCGGGAUUACUAUUACGAGGACGCGCCUGAGGAUGAGGUAGUGGCUAGCACCACAGCCCGAGUGGCCACCACCAUGAUUCCGGAGUAUGUGCGUCAGGCCAAGGCGGAGAGAUACCCGCAGCGUGACCAGGAGCACAAUGCAUCCGACUACGCGGAGGAGGAGGAGGCCACCAAAGCGGUGGAUGAGCUACCACCCGCCGAUCAGUUCUAUCGGGUAGAGCAACACGAACCCAUUCCCCAGGCUCAAGUGCAACAGCUGCCCACUCAGGACAAGCCCAAUCCGUUCAAGUACUCCUCCGAGGAUGAAUACUACGAUGAACCAGCUGAGGUCAAAUCGAAUCCCAUCACCACCUCAACCACAACCACAACCACCACAGAGGCUCCUCCUUUGCCCAUUCUAAGGGCUCGUUUCGGUGGCUUCCCCUGGGCCACCACCCAGGCACCCAAUCCUCCGGCUGCUGCUAGUGCCACCACCUCAACCACAACCACAUCGACCACAACAACAACAACCAGCACGUCAACCACAACACCCAGUCCCAGGAAACAGCCAAAACACAUCCAAGUGUCCGGUGGCUCAAAGCCGGAAUUACUGCCCGCCGAUCAGCUGCGCAACUACAUCAAGGAUGUCUACAUCCGCAUGCCCCUGGCGGUGAUCGUAGAUCCUUCUUCGGCAUCCUUGGAGCAGGCAAAGCGACUCUACAUCGAUGCCUUGCAGGACAAGAACAUCGACAUCAAGAUUGUCUUGGUAACGCUUAAUGGAGCCGGUGCCCCCUCUGCCUUCAGCUUCAACAACACCCGCGAGUUCAUCGCUGGCCUGAAUAGCACCAAGGAGCACGAGGGCGGCAACUCAUUUGUGGGCGUCCUCCAUGCGGCCGAGUUGGUUCCCUACGACAGUGCCGUUUUCAUCUCGACAGCAGCGAUUCCUCCGCACACGGAACUGGUCCAAGAUGCGGCCAUUACACUGCUGAAGAAGAGGAUCAGGCUUUUCCUUCUUUGGUAUGGUGAGCGUUCGGGCAGUGAGAACGAAACCGAGGACGCUGUGGGCGGCAUCCUGGGCGAGGUGGCCAUCCGAUCUGGUGGCGAGAUCAUCCACAUCGUGAGCACAGAGCACGGACAGCAUAUAGCUGGCAAUACGCUCACCCUGGUGGCGGACGCGUAUCAGGGCGUCCAAGAAUUGGAUCUGCCGGUAGACACGACGUUGUCCAGUCUCCAUGUCCGCAUCGAUGCGAAUAUGAGACGGGCCACGAUGGAGACGCCAAAUGGUGAGAUAAAUCUGAAGAAACUGGGCAAAAUCAAUGGAGUUAAUAUCUCCGAGACGUCGAAUCCCCAAGAACUGGAUGCCUACGUACCGCUGAACAAGCUGCGACGCGCCGCAAUUUUCAAAUUGAAACUACAGCCCGAGUUGAACGAGAAAUACAAUGUUUUCGUGCGCGCCGAAAGAAAAGCGGAUGUGUUUUUGGGCGACAUCAUCAAGCGCAUCGAUAGCUACUACAAAAGCGGCCAAACGAAGGCCAAGUCGGCGAAAAUCCAGUUUCCCGACAACGAAAAGGACACCGAGAAGCUGGAGGAGGAGGAUGUGGACUCGCCGAAGAACGAAAUAGAAACCUUUUCGGAGAAGGAAAUCCAAAGGACUCCCAAUCUCAAUCAAACCCUUUUGGCCUCCAGCACGGGACAGCCGAGGAGCACCCUGAAUGCCAUGCUCCUCCAGCGAUGUGGCACCAAAAUCGAACUGGGCACUGAAUCCAAGCUUUUGGUGAUGCCUGGCCAGACAGCCUCGCUGCUCUUUGAGGUGACCAACAUGAAAACAGAGACGGUUUACUCCACCAUUCAGGUGACCGACGAGCGGCGCUUCCUGGUCCAACUAAAUCCCACCAGAUUAAAUCUGCGCGCUUUGGAGACGCAGACAGUGCGUCUGACUGUUUUGGUGCCCACUGGCACAGCUCAGGGCACCACGGACCGCAUUACCUUCACCAAUUAUGGUCGCGAAACCUCCACGCUGGCCGUGAAUCUUAAAGUGGUCUCCAGCAUAGAUGCUCAGGACUCAACUGGCCCAAAUUUGUCCUGGGAGUUUGGCAGCCGCUGUGAUUAUCUCACACCUGAAUCCUUAAACUGUGGCGAACGCUUUUGGACGCUGGAUGUCACGGCUCAGGACUGGCAGUCAGGCAUGUUGCGUUUGCAGGCUACGCCGCCGGAGGGUCUUUUCUACAGGAACUACUAUACGGCUGGCAGCACAGAACCCCUGAAGGCCACCUACAUGGCUUCUUGCUGCGAACCCAAGGUAUCCCUCGUCGCUUUCGAUGCGGCAGGCAAUCAGAGGAGCCUCACCAUCGACGUGAGGGAUGUUUACUUAAACGAAGCCGCCAUUGCAGCUAUUUGCCUAGGAGUAAUUCUGCUCCUGCUGCUAAUCGCCGCCCUUAUUUGGAGCAUUGUGUGGUGUUGUCGGCGGAGAAAGACAACGUUGGAGCUGCCCACAUAUAGAUCCCACUCCACGAGGAGCAUGGAGUAG